GUUGCCUCCGGGCAGUGCUGCGCUCUUGGCGGACUCCCCGGAGGCCGGAGACUCCUGGGCACGGCCUGAGGUGGGAGAUAGGCCGAGCAGCGUGAAGGCCGGUGGCCCAAAAAGCGUCCCAGGCUGGGUGCUGACAAACCGGCCUCCUGCCCGCCCCGCGGCCACUGCGGCCGCGCCCAGCCCGCCCAGCGCCCAGGGGAGCGGGCAGCCGGCGGCUGGCGCUCCUCCGUCCACACACGGCGAAAUGACACCCUCCGACAGAGGCGGGGAGGCAGCGCCCUCCCGAGAGACUGUUCCUACUCUGGCAGCACGGUCAGGCGCAGGUGUCCCCCGGCGUUACGGGAGAAGCGCAGGUCCCCUUCCAGCGUCCCUCACAGGCCGGUGACGCUCCUGGCACCUUCCGUCCCGCUUCGCCUACGACAGCCAUCUUCAGUCGUGCCAGCAGUCCCUCCGGCUCCGCGUGUGUUUUCUCCCUGGGGCCAGUGGCUUCGAGAAAACCACCAGGAUCAUUCUGCUUUUGCAUCACAUUUGUUUCUUCGCUGGUGCUAUUUUUCCUGCUUAUUCGGGAAUACAUUGACUGCCACGGAUCCUCGGUGACUUCUCCUAUUGUAAAAGCUACCCCACGUAGCCUCCCCCCUAUGUUUCCUGACCUACCUUUCCAGCCACAAAUUGUGGGAUGGUCGAAAAGUGUUCUGACAGAGUAUUGCGUGCCUGUCCUCUUUGUACAUUCUUUCUCUAACCAUCCUAAAACAUCCUGUGGGAAGGAGUUCUGCAGAGCAGCUCUCCCUCCCCUCAUGGCUCGUCGAUCUCAAAGCUCCUCACAGGGGGACAAUCCCCUUGACCCUAACUAUCUUCCCCCCCAUUACAAGGAGUAUUACCGCUUAGCUCUGGAUGUGCUUACUGAAGAGGGCAAAGAGAGUUAUCAACGCUUCCUGGCAGAUGAAGCAGCCCCUGAUUUUCUUUGCAACUCAGAGGUGGAUCACAUCAUACAGAAUCUCCAGAAACCCCAGUACGCCAACCAGGAAGGUAGCACAGACACCGCAGGUGACAAUGACAUGGAUGGAUCUUCUGGGACUUACUGGCCUAUGAACUCAGACCUUGCUGUUCCUGAGCUUGACCUGGGCUGGCCAAUGGUCUUUGGGUUCAGGGGAACAGAGGUGACAACCCUCGUGCAACCACCACCCCCUGACAAUCCCAGCAUUAAGGAGGAGGCUCGCAGAAUGAUUCGAGCAGCUCAACAGGUGGUAGCCAUAGUGAUGGACAUUUUCACUGAUGUGGAUCUGCUUUUUGAGGUGUUGGAUGCUGCUGCUCGCAGAGUGCCUGUGUACAUCUUGCUGGAUGAAAUGAACUCUCAACUUUUUCUUGAUACAGCUGCUAAAUGCAGAGUCAAUCUUAACUAUGUGGAGUUCCUAAGGGUGAGGACAGUUUCUGGUCCAACCUACUACUGCCGCACAGGGAUGUCCUUCAAAGGCCACGUGAAAGAGAAAUUCCUCUUGGUGGACUGCAUGGUGGUGCUGAGUGGCAACUACAGUUUUAUGUGGUCUUUUGAGAAGAUUCACAGAAGCAUUGCACACAUCUUUCAGGGGGAGCUGGUGGCCAGCUUUGAUGAAGAAUUCCGAAUUUUGUUUGCACAGUCAGAACCUCUUGUUCCUCCAGCCAAUGUCUUGGCAAAGGCAGAGAACGCAUUUGCCAUGACUCCCUUUGGCAGUAACAUGCCUUUCUUUCCCAAAAAAGCACCCCUGAUGUUCCAGAGGGAUGACAAUCUUUUUCCCUCCUUUAUGGACAGAAUUGAUCCCGACAGGUACUUCCUGUCAAAUUUCAGGCGGGAUGACAUGUUGCGCCAUACUGUCGAGGGGUCAGCUAUGCGAAUGUAUAAAAAGGUAGAAAUGGAGAAUGCUCAGAUGGAUCCUGUCAGGGGUUUUCUCCGUUCCAAGCAGUUGGAGUUGGAUGCUUUUAAGAGACACAGUUUUGCAGAAGGAACAUUUGAAAAUUUUGCUUCUUCUAAGCAGUAUGCCAGGCAGAUGUUCAUGAACAAUAUGGAUGAAUUUAAAAUCCAGUCUAGUCAUUUUCAGAAGGAUCAGUUCUACCAGUAUCAGUUUGAACAUCCCCAUCUUUCUGGCAGACCUCAGGGACUCUUUGAGAGAAUCCGAGGUGGUAGGCCAGGAUUCAAUGAACUGGAAGACUAUGGAGAGGGACCCAGAUACCCUGAACUUGAAUCCAGUUUUCCACAGGAGGGUUUCCCCUUAAGGCUGGAUUACGUACCUUCAAAUUCUUCCAGGGAAGUGAGACAUGGCUCUGAUCAGCUGAAUCCUGCAGGCAACGGCCCAAUGGGAAUGAUGUUAAGAAGGCAGAAUAUAGGACAGAAAUUUAUUUGCCAGACAUCUCCUACACAGAAGCAAAGUCUGGAACAGCGCCUGUUCCUACAAGACAAAGAUGAGGACCAAGAUGAAGACAAGAACACACAGGAAAAUAGAACAGGUUUACGUAACUGGAGGAUUUCUUCAUACCUUAGUGCAUACCAGUCCGAACCAGAAGAAGGUCUUCCAAUGCCUAUGGAAUCAGAGGCAUAUAAUGAUGUUCUUGGGGAUACCCUCACAAAGCACCCCACUGACCUGAUCCCAGCAUUCAAAUCCCCUAUGUCUUUUAAUAGCAAGUCACUGGGAAUUGAAAGUGCCAAAGAAUUUGCAGAUCCUGAUAGAGUAGGUGAAGAAACCCCUAUAAUGAAACAAGAUGCUUUUAGGUCCAGAAUAAAUCCUUUGAUCCAGAGGAGCUCAAGACUCAGGUCCUCUCUGAUUUUCAGUGCUGCCAAGUUAGAUCAGCCUAACACCGCAAUAGAAAAGGUUCAGAUGAUCCAAAAAGAACAGAUGUCCAGUGAGUUGACAAAAGACAAUGAAACUAUAAAGACAGCUGCCUCAUCUAAAGUGGCAGAACUUUUAGAGAAGUACAAAGCUGUGGGCAAAGACACAGAGCGAGCUGCAGUCACGCAUACCAAAGCUGUUUCCAGUUAUCUACAGGAAGAAUCACAGAACACAGAGAAGAAAUGUACCAAAUCUGUGCAAUAUAAGAUUCUGGAGAGUAGGAUACUAGACUCUAAAGACUCCUGCAGUACUUACAAAGUGCAUGGAGAGGCUGACAGACCAUUUGGAAUGGCCUCAUCAACCCCCCAGCUUGUUGACACACUGAGUAAAGAUCCCCUGGCACACAUUAGCACUAAGGUGGACAAAUUAUCAUCUCGGUUUUACCCCAUAGAGAAUAAACCUGCUCUUCCAGAGAAGGAGAGUCUUAUAUUUGUAGGAGACACUCAGAAAUUGACUCUUCCAGAGAAGAAGGAAAGAGUGACAUUCAAAGAAGACUCUCAAAAAUUAGUCAAUACAGAACUGAAGAAACCACAGAUCAGGACAAGUACCACAUCAGUUCUUGAAAACUUAUCUAGAAGUCAAGGAUCUGACAGCUCUCUCAAUAAAUCUGAGGAAGACUGUUCAAAACAAGAACAAAAUCCAAUGGAAUUUUUAAGAAAAGGGUCACUACGGCUGAAGCAGCUUUUGAACCCAAAAGGUGAAAAGAAAUUGGAGGAGGAAUCCACUUCUGAGAGUGGAAAAUCUGACAAGCAGUCUGUGGUUCUUAAACGAUCUUCCAUAGGGGAUUGUCAGGAAAUGAUGGAGGAAGAAAAAACGCCUAAAUUUGCAACACCACUUCCCCCCAAAAGCAGCCAGCUAACACAGGGUAGAUUUCCUUCAUCCACAGCUAACAUCCUGUACAGCAGCAACCUCCGUGAUGAUACCAAGGUGAUUUUGGAACAAAUCUCUGCAAACAGUCAGAAGAAUAGAGCUGAACUGGCCAAGCAACUACCAUCCACUAGUAAUCCUGAUCUUUCUAAGUCAACUACAAGCUUGGAAAGGAAAGGCGAGAAGGAGAAAAGCUGUAACAUCCACAGGUCAGAGAGUUUUGGGAGCCAGAAACGAAAUCUUCAGCGGCAACCAUCAGAGGAUAGAGAUACCCUUCUGAAAAAAAUGGAGAAUAUGCGGAAGGAGAAGCGAGUCUACAGUAGAUUUGAGGUCUUCUGCAAAAAGGAUGAACAUACAAGUCCAAGUGAAGAGGAAUAUGACACAGAUGCCAAAGACAAGAAGAUGGGAAAAUUCAUGCCCAAAAUCCUGGGGACCUUCAAAACCAAAAAAUGAUCAUAGAAAUACUAUUUAAUUCCAUAUAAUCACUGACUGUCAAAGGGGAAUGAGAAAGUAACUUGUUUAUGAUGCCUCUAAGCACCAUAGGCAGUACUCUUCGUGGUUAGUGAGUGGAAAUGUGUUCAGCAUUAGACUCCUAUGGCACAAUUUGCCCAUUAAAGUCAUGUGGUAUCAGGCAGCCUUAUCACAGUAUGUUUCUAAUAAAAUUAUUAAAUUGCCAAGAUGCUUAAAACAAAGAACUAAAGUAAGAGUCUCUUUAUGUUAUGCUCAGAAAUAUUUUCAGCAGACAAAAAAAUUCCACUUUCAGAAGGGAAGAAUGAAAAAUAGAAAAUUCAAUACUUCGGUGCGAUCCAGGAAAGAAAAAUACAAAUACACACAGACACGGCGCACAUGUGCGUUAACUGGAAAAACUGUUCAAAACCCAAUUUUUUCUCAGGUACAGUUAUCUUUUCUUUGUAUCUAAUAAUGAAUCAAAUAUGGGAGGCACCUUUUUGGUUUACAGGAGAAAAAAUAUUGUAAACAACUUUUUGCCCUUAUCUAUGGUUAUGGUCUUGUCCAGCAGUACAUGCUCAGCUUUCGUAUUUACCAUUUUCUAAGCCUAUUGGUUCUGUUCUGUUAUUGGUUUGUUUCCUUAUGUAUAAUGGAAGUAUUGCUUUAGGGGGUGAGCUGAAAGAAGCAGCUGAAAGGCCAUAAAAAAAGAAAUUGACACACUAUUAAUGGAGAAAGACCUGUUUUUAGGGCUCCUUUUUAGCUGAGUGGGGAGUUUAAUUAAGUAUCUAAAAUGCUGUCUUGGCCAAGUAGUAACUUUCUUGACAAUGUAACUCCAAUUCAUUAAGUGACUGUGGGGAGGAGGGGACGUUCAUUUGCUAGCACAUCUUUCCAUGUGAAGACAAGGAAAGAAGGGACUCAUAACAAUGGAAGGAAUAAGGCUGCUGGAAUUUACAAGCUCAGAAGUGUUUCAUCUCAUGUAACUUUCUUGUAGUAGUUUGGUACCAAGCUUAACCAUGCAGCUUUAAAACACUCCAGAUUAGCCUGUAGGUUCAUGCUGUUGUGUUAGUGUCUUGCAGGACAGAACGUAGAGACAGAGGCUGUCAAGAAAACGCUGUACAUAAUGUUUGGUUACUUAGCUGUUUGGGUUUUUUUCCUCAGCUUGGACUGUCUCUGCUUGGCAUCCAGCAGCAUUGCCAAAUUGGGAUUCCGUCCGCCCCCCCCCCCCCCCCCCCCCGAUCUUUGUGCCAUAGUCUAAAGAGAUGGCAGGGAAGAAUGCUCUCACAUGGAACUAGGCUUCUGAAUUUCCCAUUCCCAUUAGCUUGGGUUUCAUGAUUACCCAGUUGUGAUGCUAGCUGCAAGCUCAGCAAACCAGUUCAGCUACGUGGCUGACAGAUGGAGGCAAGAGGCUGCAUCGGUUCCUGAAGGUAACUUCAGCAGGGUCUUUAAAACUUCAGCUCUUUUUUUUAGGAUGCCAGCUCCCAUGGUAGCAGUCUUUAUAUAAUUUAGCAGGCUUUAUAUAAUUUACAUAUCUGUAACUAUUAACGAUUAUUUUACUGUUUGUUGAAAAUGUUGGGAAGUGAAUGUGCAGAAAGAUAGAUUGUCUGAUCUGAAAAAAAAUUAAGCAGAUUUCCAUAUUAAUACAGAUGGUGAUAAAAAUCUGCAAGAAUCAAGAGGAAUUAUCAUUUUAACAUGAGGAGGUAAACCUAGAAAUAAAGCUAAGCGAGAAAAAAAAAAAAAAAGGAGGGAAGAAGGGCCAACAUUGGAAAAAAAGCUGAAAUGGAUUUCUUACAGUUAUUCCAUAUUGUAUAAAUGUAUACCAUUUCAGAUACAACCCAUAAUUUGUUACAUAUGUACAAAUUCAUAAAUGAAUGCUGUAUGUAUACUUAUUUUGUCUGCUCUUAGUAAUGAAUCAGAUCCAUUUAUUGGUGGGUCCCAAAAUGAACUGUAAUGAUAAAUACAGUUGUUCUCUGCCAGAUGAUGCAGAUAGAGAUUAUUUUACUCUAGAGAGGAAGAUAGGCUAUAUAGAUUGAUGUGGUUUAACCCCAGCCAGCAACUAAGCACCACACAGCCACUUGCUCACUCUCCCCCCACCCAGUGGGAUGGGGGAGAGAACUGGAAAAAAAAGUAGAACUCCUGGGUUGAGGUAAAGACAGUUUAAUAGGACAGAAAGGAAGAAAAAUAAUGAUAAUG